AUGUUGCUUCAGACUCAACAAGCACAUGUCGGAUUUUGGUCUGAUUACAUGCUAGUGAUUCUUGAGGGUCACACAUAUCGUGUCAACGCCUUCUCCUUGUCUCCGAACAACCGCUUCCUUGCAAGCGCAUCAUAUGAUAAAACUGCGCGUCUAUGGAAUCUCGACGCGAAUCUCCCAAUUGGACCACCCCUCCAGCACGAAGAUACAGUGCACUCCGCGGCCCUUUCUGCUGAUGGAACAGUGGUAGUCACUGGUUGCGAAAAUGGAAAUGUGUAUACAUGGGACAUUCGUGCCAUCCUCAAAGAAGCUGGCCUGGAAGACCUACUGUCCACCGGUACCAUUAAUAUUGCGAGUUUCGACGCGUACACAUGGGACAUCUAUGCCUUCCUCAAAAAAGCUGGCCUUGAAGACCUACUAGUACUUUCCACUGGUACCAAUAUUGCACCACAAGACGGACUUGAACAGAAGGGAUCUCAAGGCAAUUUAGCAAUAGCGCGAACCCCCCGCUCUUCGCUAAGUGACAAGUCGUUUUUGGAAGCUGAUGCUACGCGAUGUCACAACGAGUUCGGGGGUCAUGUCGGUGAACUCCCACCUAGAUUUUUUGACAGUACGGAAGCUGAAAUUCAUCCCUCCCAAACGGGUGGUGCCCACCCUCAUUCCUCUGCAAGUGCACUCCUCGCUCGCCUUUCCUCGCUCCUCCACCGCUUUCGACACGACAAUGCUGAAGCGACUGAACUGCCACAACCCCCGACGCCUUCGAGGUUACAUCCACAGGUGCUCCUCGCUCGCCUGUCCUCACUUAUUCACCGUUCUCCACCUGAAAAUGAUGCAGCAAACGAACUUCAGCAACCAUCCACGCCUUCGCGGUUAGAUCUACAUGCGCUCCUCGCUCGCCUGUCCUCACUACGUCCCCGCCCUCAACCCAACACCGAAGAAGAAACCGAAACUCAUCCCACAAGACAUUCGGAUUCACGUUCAAAUACACUCAUCGAUCGUCUGUCCUCACUCUUCCGCACCGGCGAAGCAACCGAACCUCAGCAACCCCCAACACCCUCGGGGUCACGUGCAGGUGCAAUCAUUAAUAGCUUGUCCUCACUCUUCCGCUCUCCACCCAACGCCGAUGAAGAAGUCGAACUCCAGCAAUGGCCAAGGCAAAUCACCUCCUCUCAUCGCAGUCCUCAUGAUGUCCAAGUCGCUGCACAACGAGACAAGAAGGCAUUGUUUGUUGCUCGCCGACCGAAAACGGCUAGUGAAAAUGCGAAACGCGUCAAGAAUCCCAAACCGUGGGUUCGUGUAGUCUUCUUUCUCUGCUGCGUCUCUCCUGUUACCGAUGACAGCCCUGGUACCGACGGGACUCCUCGCACCACAUAG